AUGCCAGAAGAUUCGUUAGUUAAUAGUAUUUUUUCUUCUUCAAACCCAUAUUUUUCUGCUGGGGUUGGAGUACUUGGUGUAGGUACAGCUUUAGCUGUCUUACGCUCAGGAAUUGCUCGAGGUGCCGUCCUAGCCCGUCGGAUAUUACUAGUAUCUCUUGAAAUUCCUUCAAAAGAUAAAUCUUAUUUAUGGUUUUUACAAUGGAUGUCUAAACAAUCAACAAGAAGUUCUCAUGAACUUUCUGUUGAAACGAAUUAUAUACAACAUGAUAAUGGAAGUUUGACUACUUCUUUUAACUUAGUUGAACGUACCCGAGAUGGAAAAAUGAUAGAUUUAACAACUGGUAGUCCAUGGGAAACAGUCAUCUUAACGACUUUAAAUCGUGACCGUCAGAUACUCUCAGAAUUAUUAAAUGAAGCACAUAAAUUUGCAUUGGAUUCACAAGAAGGGAAAACUGUUAUUUUUACUAGUUGGGGAACUGAAUGGAAACCUUUUGGAUUACCUAGAAAAAGACGAAUGUUGAAUUCAGUAAUAUUAGAUCAAGGAGUUAAAGAAAGGGUAGUAAAUGAUGUUAGGGAAUUUAUUAGUAAAGGCCAGUGGUAUAGUGAACGAGGAAUUCCAUAUCGUCGAGGAUAUUUGUUGUAUGGUCCUCCAGGAAGCGGAAAAAGUAGUUUUAUACAAGCAUUAGCGGGAGAAUUACAAUAUAAUAUUUGUAUUUUAAAUAUUAGUGAACGUGGUUUAACGGAUGAUCGUUUAAAUCAUCUAUUAAGUAAUGCACCAGAACAUAGUAUUAUGUUAUUGGAAGAUAUAGAUGUUGCUUUUACAAGGAGGAACAAACCAGAUGAACAAGGUUAUCACUCAAUGGUUACAUUUAGUGGAUUAUUAAAUGCUUUAGAUGGAGUUGUUGCAGCUGAAGAACGAAUUAUAUUUAUGACAACUAAUCAUGUGGAUCGACUUGAUAAAGCAUUAAUACGUCCAGGUCGAGUAGAUGUUAAAGAACUUUUUGAUGUAGCCAGUGAAUAUCAAAUAUGUUCAAUGUUCUUAAGAUUUUAUGAGGGAAAAAUCGAAUUAGCUGAAAAAUUUAGUCAACAGGUUAAGGGUAAAGGAGUUAGUACGGCUCAAUUACAAGGUCAUUUUGUUUUUUAUAAGAAUGAUCCAGAAGGUGCAGUCGCAAAUGCGGAUUCUUUGAUUCAA